AUGGAUCCGGGGCCCGGAAACCGCCCAAAAGCGGGCCCGAAGUCGCUGGGAACCCACUCGUGGGUUUUCUGGUCGGGACUGGCCGGGGCUGCUCCAGCGGCUAGGGCGGUGAGGGGAGGCCGGCGGAGGGUGAGGGGGACGCUGGGGACGUCGGGUGGUGGCCGGAUGAAGUUGGGCGGUGGCCGAACGCGGCUAAUUGGGGCAAAACAGGGGCGAAAUAGGGCUGGGCCGAGCGGGAGAGGGACGCCUGGGCGCGGCCUGGGCGCGAGGAACGGUGGCUGGAUGCACAGCGUCGGGCGGGCGGCCGUCGCGAGCGUGCGAGCGGCGGUGCGGCGGCGGGACGGGCGGCGACGGGGCUGCAGCUUCUGCUCAAGCUUCUGUCCGGACGCCAUUGGUGCAUUCUCUUUGGUUGACAGUAACAUUUGGACUCGGCACCUGGUGAGUUUCAUCUUCCAAGUCGGUGCGGUCGUCUAUGUCUUUGGGAAGAUAUUUCCUAGUGACAAGUCGCUGAGGUUAUGGGCACUUUAUCUCUCAAACCUCCCGAGGCUUAGGGAAUGGGUGCUCUGGGAUGACCAUUUCUCUUGUUGUUCUUGUAAAGAGCUCACUUAUGUAGCGGAUGUAUGUUUUAAUGAAGAAGAAGCAAAUAAUGAAGAAGAAGUAAAUCUUACUGAGAGCAUUGUGGUGAAGCAUGCUUAUUGCUUCUUUCAAAUCUUCAAGAUCUUCAUCACAGACUUCAUCUACACACGUGAACAACGCAAAAUGAGCUGCAAAUAUUUCCACAGAGUCUCUGCGAUGGAUGCAUUGAGGAUCAUAUCGGUUGAACUACAGUUCAUAUAUGAGGUGCUUCACACAAAAGCAUUGGCAAUACGUUCCAAAUGGAGCUACAUUUUUCGCUUCAUAGCCUUCAUAGACAUUGUGAUGGCUUGCAUCAUGUUCAAUCGUUUGAAGAAACAUCGACUCCCCCAGCUUGAUGUGGGAAUUACUUAUUGCCUUAUACUCGGAGGGAUUGCUCUUGAUGUUAUAUCUUUGGUAAUGCUUGUUUUCUCUGAUUGGACUAUUGCCGGAAUCAAGCACACCACCACAGGGUCAUCUAAACUAGAUUCAUUUCUCUACAAGUUGGUAUCCACCAUAGAUUACCUGAGGAAGCCCCGAUACAUCACACAUGAAGUAGAACCUAACACCGAUGUUACUUAUGAGUUCUUGGAUACACCAUUGAUAUUUCGAAGGUGGUCAGAAUCCAUAUCUGCUUGUAACCUUUUUUCCGAGGCAUUGAAGGAGAGUCCGAGAAAGAUAUGUAAGUGCAAUCAGUUCUGGGGCUUUGUCGUUUUCAAAAAUAUAUGUAGUUUUCCAUUCCAAAUGGUCGACAAGAUCAUCUCUUGUUUCCUUCAAGCUGGUGAGACAAUAGCUAGAUGCCGUGGUAAAAGGUCAACGAUUGCAAAUGCAAAGUACAUGUCCAAAAAUCUCUUCAUGAAGAAGUUAUGGAUCUUUCUCUUUAACCAUGUGAAAUCUGGGAUGUCAAGUGACUCGGAAGAUGUGAUGGAGCUAGUCAAGCAAAAUCAGUUUGGUACCCAUGGUCUUUUUGAAAAUGUCAGCAAUGCUAAUAUGCACAACUACAUUAUAGGGUUGCAUAUUACUACUGAAAUAUGGUACAACAAAGAUAAACAAUCAAUGAGAUCCACAACCCCACUUGACCCAGCCCUAGUUGAUCAAAGGGAAUUUAGCAAGAUUCUCUCUGAUUAUAUGUUGUAUGUUUUACUUAAUCAGCCUAAUUUGAUGUCCUCUGUGGCCAUGGUGGGCUUUGCCCAAAUGGUAUCGACGAAGGUGUUGCUAGAGCUACGGAGCUACAUCAGUAAUGCGACCACAGAUCUGAAUGAGAUAUGUGAAGAAUUGUAUUCAGAUGAAAUGUCUCUUCGAGCCUGGCGCGGAGAGGGUCCUAUCAACCCUUUGAAAUCCCCGCUCCUCGAGGGGCUCCUUUUGGCCCACGAAUUGGAAAAUGAUAAGAACAAGUGGAAGAUAAUAAGCGACAUGUGGCUUAAGCUGUUGCAAUAUGCAGCAAUUAAUAUUAAGGGAGAGGCACACGUGCAAAUGCUGAGCAAAGGGGGAGAGCUUGUUACCUUUGUUUGGUUGUUGAUGGCUCAUGUCGGUCGCUUCUACAAACCUGAAUGGGGCAUGUAUCGCGAAUAUUGGGAAGAGAAGUCUGGCGUUGGGCGUGAUGUUGACAACCAGAGCGAGAGGCGUGGCAGAGAUGAUAGGGAUGGCAGCGAUGUGAGUACGGUAGUGUAA